UUUCCUAUCUCUAUGGUCUGGUCGCGGCCUCCCGCGUCGGGGUUGCAGUUUCCACCCGGACGACGACGCUGAGCGGACCUUCCCAGGGUCAGUGGGUGCUGCCGCCGUCGCCGCCGCCGCUCGGCUUCCCUCAUGGCUUUCAACUUCGGGCCAGCCGCCGGCGCUGCAGCCGCCCCCAACCCUGCGGGGGCCUUUGGAGGAUUUGGGACAGCAAACACCACAGCUGGAUCUACGUUCAGCUUCUCGGCACCUACCAACACCGGGGCUGGUGGGUUGUUUAGUGCUACCCAGAACAAGGGGUUUGGAUUUGGUACUGGCUUCGGGACAGGUACCGGCCUUGGCACAGGUUUGGGAACUGGUUUGGGAUUUGGAGCCUUCAGCACCCAGCAGCAGCAGCAACCAACCCUAGGAAGCCUCUUCAGUCAGCCGGCUCAAGCCCCUGCCCAGUCUAACCAGCUGAUAAACACAGCAAGUGCCCUUUCUGCACCCACACUGUUGGGAGAUGAGCGAGAUGCUAUUUUGGCCAAGUGGAACCAGCUGCAGGCAUUUUGGGGCACAGGCAAAGGAUAUUUCAACAACAGCAUUGCCCCAGUGGAGUUCUCGCAGGAAAACCCCUUCUGCAGGUUUAAGGCUGUUGGCUAUAGCUGCAUGUCCAACAACAAGGAUGAAGAUGGCUUGGUAGCACUGGUCUUCAACAAGAAGGAAGCAGAAAUUCGAAGCCAGCAGCAGCAGCUUGUGGAAUCUGUGCACAAAAUCUUAGGUUCAAACCAGACUCUCACAGUCAACGUGGAAGGUGUGAAGACCAUGCCAGAUGAUCAGACUGAAGUAGUCAUCUAUGUUGUUGAGCGAUCUCCAAAUGGGACUUCCAGGCGAGUCCCCUCUACCACUCUGUAUGCACACUUUGAACAAGCGAAUGUCAAAAACCAGCUGCAGCAGCUUGGAGUCACCCUCAUCAUGGCCAGGACAGAGCUUUCUCCAGCGCAGGUCAAGCAGCUGCUACAGAAUCCUCCUGCAGGAGUUGAUCCAAUCAUUUGGGAACAGGCCAAAGUUGACAAUCCAGAUCCUGAAAAGCUGAUUCCAGUGCCGAUGGUUGGUUUCAAAGAACUGCUGAGGAGGUUGAAAGUCCAAGACCAAAUGACAAAGCAGCAUCAAACCAGAUUAGAUAUAAUAUCAGAAGACAUAAGUGAGCUUCAGAAAAACCAGACUACAACGAUGGCCAAAAUAGCUCAGUACAAGCGGAAGCUAAUGGAUCUUUCACACAGAACAUUGCAGGUGUUAAUCAAGCAAGAGAUCCAGAGGAAAAGCGGCUAUGCCAUCCAAGCCGAUGAGGAGCAGCUUCGCGUACAGUUGGAUACGAUCCAGUGUGAACUCAAUGCUCCCACGCAGUUCAAGGGCCGGCUGAAUGAGUUGAUGUCCCAGAUCAGAAUGCAGAACCAUUUUGGAGCUGUGAGAUCGGAAGAGAGGUACUACAUCGAUGCAGACCUCUUGCGGGAAAUUAAACAGCAUCUGAAGCAGCAACAAGAAGGGCUCAGUCACCUGAUCAGCAUUGUAAAAGAUGACCUGGAAGAUAUAAAGCUCAUAGAACAUGGAUUAAAUGAGAGCUUACCUAUCAGAGGAGGGGUGUUCAGUUGAUGGACACCCUUCCGUUGUGCAGAGGCUUAUGGAACCUGCAAUUUCCUAUCCAUGACCAAAACUCACUAGGUGGUUUAAAAUAUAUCUAUCUAUCAAUAAAUCUUAGUAUGGGGCGAGAGGAUUCCCAUGGUAUUGGUGUCCUUUCCCCAAUUUGGCCAUCAAGUGGUUCGGUUUCCUAAUGGUGCAGCUGGUUUCAAGAACAGACUUUAGACACUUCAGAAGCUGCUUUGUGAUCUAAGCCUGCAAUUUUGGCAAUAUCGACUGUGUGGGUUAGGUGUGGAAGGUUAACACCUUCCGUGUUAACAUCUUGAGAGGAAAUACAAUGCUAUUGCUUACAGCAAACACACCCCAAAAUAACUGCUGGUUGUUUAUGUGCCCAUAAGACAUUGUCCAAUCUGUUUAAACAAACUUCGAAAUAAAGCUUUGAACCUUCUACAUUACAGGGGGGAAA